GCAGCGCUUAACGGUUAAACGAUUCAAUUGAAUUGAAUUGCAACAAGUAAACAAAACAAAAAAAACCAGCAUCGAAAUGAGCGUCAUCGAUAGCGGCAAGUAUCGCCUACGCAAGGAUUGGGCCAGCGCCUCCAUACCGUCAUUGGUCAACAUCGAUGAGCACGUGGACGGCGAUGGCGAGACGGAGCCAAGCAUGAGCAUAACGGCACCGUUGCCACCACAGAAGCCACCGCGUCGCAGCUCCUUGGCACUGGGACUCUUCUCCAGCAAGUCCGACAAGAGCCAGAAGCGACGCAGCUCCAUAGCCGUCUCAUUUCUGCGACGGGAUAGCAAUAAGAACUCUGCCAAAGACUCGUAUGAAUCGGCUGUGCGCAGCGAGAAGUCCGAUGGCUCAGCCACACCCACCAACAGCCCCGAGAUCGUAUAUAGCUCGGAGGAGAACAUUCGCGCCAGCUCACCGAAUGAGCCCGGCAAAUUGACAUAUUUUGAGGAUGGCACACAAUCUCGUGCUGUCGUCCAACAGGGCAUGAAUCCAUAUGAGUUGCCGCCUAAUGAUCGCCAACGUCGACGUCGCAGUUCGCUGCAGACCAAACUCGAUCGGCAUCGGCGCAAGAAGAUGGAGUUCAUAAAUCAACGGAGCCUUGACUCCAAUAUGAUGCACAGUGAAUCGCACGGUGAUUUGACCAAUGACAGUAUGGCGGUAAAUGGAUCCAGUGCCGGCGGUAUGAGCAGCUAUGCAAAUGAUGAUGAUGAGGACGACAUUGUCGAUCCCAAUCAUGCUGGGUACUUUCCACGCGAGAAACGUCACUCCUGGUGGAACAUUUUCGUGCCCGAUAACUUCAAGAACAGGUCACGUAGGGCUAGUCAAGAUGUUUCCAGUUUGUCACGCAGCGUUGACAAUUUGGCGAUUCCCGUGCGCAGGAGCAAAUCACGCAGUGUGGAUCAUGGCCUUGCAGCGCCUUUCGAUUUGGAUUCAUUGCGCUCGAAAGUUGAGCAGCGCUUUGAGAGUGUCGACAAAUUGUCAAAGCAAAAGUCUUCAUUGCCCACCAUACCCACCAUUUCCUAUACCGUGGGAAAUCGCGACACACUGACCUCGGUGGCGGCACGUUUCGAUACGACACCAUCGGAGCUAACACAUUUGAAUCGCUUAAACAGCUCGUUUAUCUACCCGGGCCAGCAGCUGUUGGUGCCCGAUAAGAGUGCCAAAGACGAUGCCUCGACUAGUUCGACGGGAACGAAUGAAGGGGGCGGCGGUGGAGGCGGCAGCAUCUCCGGCAAGUCGAGUCCCAUAGAGCGCAAGUUGUCUAGCGAUGAGAGCAAGCAGGAGAAAGAUAUACUUGAGGGCCUGCGUCCCGGCUCCCCGAAGCCCGGACACAUCGAGCGGGUCGUCGGCAGCAACAGCUUUAGCAAUAGCCAGGCUGAGGAGAAUGCCGACAAGAGCGAUGAUCCUGUGAUUACACAACGUUUUCUCAAGAUCAAUGUGCGACACAUUACCGAUGGCCAAGGUGUUGUUGGUGGCGUGUUGCUCGUCACACGCAAUGCUGUCAUGUUCGAUCCGAAUGUCAGUGAUCCACUGGUGAUCGAGCAUGGUCCCGAAAGCUAUGGCGUCAUUGCACCUAUGGAUUUGGUUGUGAAUGCGGCCAUCUUUCAUGACAUUGCCCAUAUGCGAGUCGCUGGCGGCGCUGGACCGAGUGUUGCUGCCAGCAGCGGUGCUGAGGCCGAGAAGCCAGAGAUCUAUUAUCCCAAACCAGUAUUAGUUGAGGAGGACUCCAAGGAGUUGAGCGAGCAGCAGGCGGACAUCGAGACCAAGCGUUUGGAGGCGGAAAUUGGCUCGCUGGAAAUCACCGAUGAUCAGGAGUCGCUUUGCUCCAGCACUGGUCGCGACGGCGACGCCUUUCCCAAGGCCUUUGAGCGUGAACGUGUCGAGGAUACAUCAACGGAAGCCAAAGAUAGCGCUAAGACUGACGCUCACGAUGAGGAGGAUGAAAAGAAAACGCUCGGCCUGACAAACACACGCAGCACGCUUGAGGAGCGUCGCAAGAGUCUUUUGGAUCAUCACUGGGCCAUUCCGAGCAAAGAUCGAUCAUCGGAAGACGAGGCCGAUAACGAGUCCAACAUCACCGUCGACAGCGGCGCACGUGUCCAGCAGGAUGCAGUCCACUCGGCAACCAGUUCGCUUAGCGGUGGAGUUGCUGCCGCAAUUGCUGGUGCUGCAGCCGCUACAGCAGCCUCUUCGGCAUCGGCUGCAAGUGCAACUGGCGCUGUUGGCUUGCCGCCAGGCGUGUUGCCACCAGCUGGCAUUGAUUUGGAGCAUCUGGAGCAGCUAUCGAAGCAGUCGUGCUACGAUUCGGGCAUCGAUAUACGCGAGCCCAUACCCACAAUACAGCCGAUACCAAAGAAAACCGUUUAUAGUGACGCUGACAUCGUGCUCAGCUCCGAUUGGGUACCACCGAAGACCAUUGUGCCGACGCACUUCAGCGAAUCGCCGCCACGCAGCACAAUACUGGGCCAGAGCUUGGAUGCAGGCGGCACUCGCAAGAAGACCUCCAGCGUGAGCUUCAGCGUGGACGAUGAGGCAGCUCAACAGGCGCAGGCAGCUGCCGCAGCAGCCGCUGCAGCUGGUGACAAGCAGGCCGACAAGAAGAACAAGAUGCUAAAACGCCUCUCGUAUCCAUUGACCUGGGUGGAGGGACUCACAGGCGAGGGCGGUGCCCCGCCCAGCGCUGGCGGCAGCUUGAACAAGUCGGCGGACACUGAUUCGGCGCCCAACACGGGCGAUUCCAAUCAAAGCGUAUUUUCGAAAGUAUUCUCAAGCUCGCCAAUCACUCUGGUAUCAGAGCUGGGCGGUAAUCUAUUUUCGAAAACACCGUCCGAAGAAUCUGGUGGGUCGCCAGUGCCGCCAUUGACACCUCACUCGACACAUUCCGAGGGUCAUAUGACCUAUGGGCGUUCGUCAAUUGGCACUUUUAUACGUCCACAUUCGUCGGAGGGUACGGCGUCCAGCACAAAGCUGAAGGAGUCCAAGCCACAGCCACCCAAGCUGGACUAUCGCUCCAUGGUCUCCAUGGACGACAAGCCGGAAUUGUUUAUCAGUGUGGACAAGCUUAUACCUCGUCCAGCACGCGCCUGUUCUGACCCACCUUUGUAUUUCCGCCUGCGCAUGGGCAAACCCAUUGGCAAGGCCAUUCCACAGGGCACCACAGUGAUGUCCUAUGGCAAAAACAAGCUGCGCGCCGAAUAUUGGUUCAGUGUGCCUAAGAAUCGCGUUGAUGAGCUCUAUCGCUUCAUUAACACCUGGGUGAAACACCUGUACGGUGAACUGGACGAAGAGCAAAUCAAGGCGCGCGGCUUUGAGCUAAUCCAAGAGGAUACCGAGUGGACAAAGAGCGGCACCAUUAAGUCAGGCUACAGUGGCAGCCAGGAUGGCGAGGAAAUCGGCGAUCUCACCCGUGAAUCCUGGGAGCUUCUAAAGGCGCCCUUCGCCAAGACCUACAAGAUCAUAAAAACGGCUUCGCAUGCCGCAUCGCAUGAUUUGGAAUUGUUGGGCGGCGAGGUGCUGUCUAUGAGCACAGAUGAAUAUCGCAAGACCUCACUCUUUGCAACUGGUUCCUUUGAAUUGGACUUCCCCAUCCCAGAUCUUAUUGGCAAAACAGAGAUACUCACAGAAGAGCAUCGCGAAAAACUUUGCGCUCAUUUGCCAGCUCGCGCUGAGGGCUACUCGUGGUCCCUGAUCUUUAGCACAUCGCAACAUGGUUUCGCCCUGAAUUCGUUGUAUCGCAAGAUGGCGCGACUGGAGAGUCCAGUUCUUAUUGUCAUAGAGGAUACAGAGCACAAUGUAUUUGGUGCUUUGACCUCAUGCUCGCUGCAUGUGUCAGAUCAUUUCUAUGGCACCGGCGAAUCCCUGCUUUACAAGUUUAAUCCCAGCUUCAAGGUAUUUCAUUGGACUGGUGAAAAUAUGUACUUUAUCAAAGGCAACAUGGAGAGUCUGUCAAUUGGCGCUGGCGACGGUCGGUUCGGUCUCUGGCUGGACGGUGAUCUGAAUCAGGGCCGGUCACAGCAUUGCAGCACAUAUGGCAAUGAGCCGUUGGCGCCACAAGAAGACUUUGUUAUCAAAACACUCGAAUGCUGGGCAUUUGUUUAAGUGAAUUUUGUGUUGAGAACGCAUUCUAGAUGAGAGGAGUGAAGCCUACCUAUUUAAUUAAUUAUAUUUAUAUAUAUAUAUAUGUAUGUGUACUAAAAAAACAAAAACAAAAACUAAAAAAAAAAAACAAUUACAAACAACCUGAGAAUGAUAUCAAAAGCGAAAGCGUGUCGAAACAAAACAAAAUAAUGAACAGCAUGAAGCAACAACAAUAGCAAACACCAAGAGCUACUACAGCAGCUAAAUCAGCUAGAAAAAUUAAAACAAGCUUUACAUUUUUGUCACACGGAACACACAAAGACGAGAAUAAUGGAAACUCUAAUCUAAACUUCAAAUGACUUCAAAAUUGAAAGCUUGUAAAGGAAAUGCCUGUGAGCAGAAAUAAAAUUGCUGUAUGCGUUGAAACGUAUUAAUUAUUUAGUUUUUAUAUAAUAUAUUACUAAACAAAAAGUAACUAAAUUAUGUAUUUAGAUGUAAACAGUGAGAAAAGAAAAACAAAAGCUGUAAACAACAACUUGAAAAGAAAAAACAAAAAAAAAUUGAAAUGUACACUUAAAGCACACACAACAUUUGGACAUAAAUAUCAUGCAACCACACACACACACACACACAUACACUCUCCACACAAACACCUACACACGCAUACAUGCAUUUAAGCUUAAGUUUUAUUAUCGAAAACAAUACUAAAAAGAAAAUGAAAUGAUGAUAAACUAAAAUACAAGACAAGACAAACGAAGCAAGCUUUCAGUUCAAUGCAAUUAUAAAUUGACUCUUUGUUUUGUAUUUGGUUCAAUAAUUUUAAUAUAAUUUAAUUUAAAUUUGA